GAGACAUACAGCGUACGAUAAACAAAAACACGAGAACAAAACAUUGGAAAAUUGAUCAUUUUUUGACGAAAACUUUCGAAAAUUUCGCAUUUCGGACAAAUGGAAUGCCCACAAAGCCAUUAUGGAAGUGUCUUUGUUAGAUUUAGCAAAAAGAUUUAAUUUAUUAACGACCGUCGAAGCACCUCCCGCGAAUGUCGAAACCCGCAUUGAUCGAAAACACAAAAAUGGCUCACGCAAAACCAAAGGAGACCCUUUCAAGUACUUUAUUUGCCUAGAUUUCGAGGCGACGUGUUGGGAAAAAGCUGACCAAGCCAAAUGGAAGACACAAGAAAUCAUCGAAUUCCCCUCGGUUUUGGUUAAAGUCGAUACGGGCGACGUUGAAGCGGAAUUUCAACGUUACCUGAAACCUGUUGAAUUCUCCACGCUGACGGAUUUCUGCGUUCGCCUCACGGGAAUCACGCAAACGACUGUCAACAAUGGCUGUGCGAUGAAAGAGUGCCUCCAGGACUUUGAUUUGUGGAUGCAGAAAAUUUGCAAGGAGCGAAAUCUCGUGCUGCCAAAGACAAAUGUCGAUUCCGCCGGAAUGAAUGUCGCACUUUGUACAUGGACCGAUUGGGAUAUCAUCACGUUGAGUAAGGAAUGUGCAAGGAAAAAACUACGAAAACCUCCUUAUUUCGGGCAAUGGAUCGAUGUGCGGAAAAUUUUUAUGCGACACUACAAAAUUAAGCCAACGUCGUUUAAUCACGCGAUUAAUCAUGUCGGACUGAAAUUUGUGGGCAAACCUCAUUCGGGCAUCGAUGAUGCGAGAAAUUUGGCGCGGCUUGUGACGAAAAUGAAGAAAGAUGGAGCCAAAUUUAGCAUUACGAAGGACACGGCACCGUACCAAGCUGUAAAUAAACCAGUGCAAGAAAUGUGACGCCAAAAGUCACCCAAAUUUAAUUUCGCAGCAGUGUAUUAUAUUAUUGCGAUAGUUUUAAGUUUUUUCUUUGCUCUCAUUUGUAGCAAAAUUUAUUGGAGAGAUUAAAAUAUUUGGAUUUAAUUAAUUAA